AUGCGCGCCCCCCGCCUCCCGCUCCUCCUGCUGCACGCCUGGUGCGCGCUGCUGCAGGCCGGCGCCGCCACCGUGGCCACCGUGCCUCUGUGGGUGCGGGGACAGGCCUCGUCGCCGUCCCCUCUCGCCUACAUGCUCAGCCUCUACCGAGACCCUAUGCCCCGGGCCGACAUCAUUCGUAGCCUGCAGGCGCAAGAUGUGGACGUGGAUGGCCAGAACUGGACCUUCACCUUUGAUUUCUCCUUUCUGAGCCAAGAGGAAGACCUGGUGUGGGCCGAGCUCCGGCUGCAGCUGCCCAGCCCCACGGACCUGCCCGCCGACGGCCCACUCACUAUUGAGAUCUUCCAUCAACCGAAGCCAGAUGCAGAGCAAGACCCGACCGUCUGCCUGGAGCGAGUUCGGAUGGAGCUGUUCACCGUUAGUCUGUCCCAGGUCACCUUUUCCUCCGACACCAUGGUCCUGGAGGUGACCAGGCCCCUCUCCAAAUGGCUGAAGGACCCUGGAGCAUUGGAGGAGCAGAUGUCUGGAGUGGCUGCAGAGUGCCAGGCUCAGCCCCAUGCCCUGCCUGUCACUGUUACUGGCACCCAUGGCAAUGUGCUUCUCAUGCUGUACUCCAACCUGCCUCGGGAGCAGAGGCAGCUGGGUGGUGCCACCUUGCUCUGGGAAGCUGAGAGCUCCUGGCGGGCCCAGGAGGGACAACUGUCUAGGGAAAGGGGUUGGUGGGGCAGGAGGCAACGGAGACGUCACUUGCCGGACAGAAGCCAACUAUGUAGGAAGGUCAAGUUCCAAGUGGACUUCAACUUGAUCGGAUGGGGUUCCUGGAUCAUCUACCCCAAGCAGUACAAUGCCUAUCGCUGCGAGGGUGAAUGCCCUAACCCCGUGGGUGAGGAGUUCCACCCCACCAACCACGCCUACAUUCAGAGCCUGCUGAAACGCUAUCAGCCCCACCGGGUCCCUUCCACCUGCUGUGCUCCCGUGAAGACCAAACCGCUGAGCAUGCUGUAUGUGGACAAUGGCCGAGUGCUCCUGGAACACCACAAGGACAUGGUUGUGGAGGAGUGUGGCUGCCUCUGACAGAUCCAGGGCGAACACUGCCUUGGCCUGCACUCCAGAAUGUUGGGAAGCUUCUGGAAGACCUGAUAGUAUCUAUCUGGGGAGGAGAAAGGGGAGCGGCGGUUCUGCCCGCCAGACCCGAAGAGGAAGGGGCUGCCCGCUGCAAACGCAGGCCUCCGCCGGGCCUGCUGAGCCGCCGGCCCCUGAGGGAGGAAGGCUGGGGAGCCUGGCUGGCUGUCCUUCCUGAAGGACAGUGAUGACCAAGGAAACAAGAGCCAGAGCCCCUUCCUCGACUUUUUUUUUUGUUUUUUUUUAACUUAUGGACCUCUUGAAACUGUGCAAAAAUUAGGGGAUAUGUGCAUCUUUUUUUAAUUUUAAAGGCCAUCUGUGGCUUUUGUAUGUUCUCAGAAGUGGUCCGUGAGCUGUUGCCUUCUCUCAAAAUGAGUAUAAAUUUAUUAGAUUAAAACUAGUCAAAGCCGGGCAGGGUGGUGCACACCUUUGAUCCCAGCACUCGGGAGGCAGAGGUAGGAUUGCCUUGAGUUGAAGAUCACCCUGAGAUGACAUAGUGAAUUCCAAGUCGGCCUGGGCUACAGUGAGACCCUACCUCAAAAACAAAAACGACAACAAAAAACCAGUCGCUUGGCUCUCCCUGCCUCAGACUGGGUUAGGAGAGGCCCACAUCUUUCUGGCUAGCUGGCAGCAGUGUGUUGGUCGUGUCCAGGGACUCCCUGGCAUGGCCUCUUUUUAUUAGUUGCCUAAACAAUAAAGCCAUUGUCUAGUUCCCCCAGGCCAGCUGGUUCUUCUGACAGGCAAGGCAGGAACUUGUCCAAGAGGACUGGCUCUGUUGGACAGCAGCGGAGUCCUCAGACAUCCCCAGUCCGUCUGCUUGGCAGACACAACCUGAAUCUAUUAAAGAUGGUGAUCAUUCA